AUGAACGCGGUGACGACGACGCCGUCGCGACUCCCGUCGGGCGCUGUACGCACGACGGAUGGAGAUGUGAUAGUACCUGCUACACGUCGAGCCGACGGGUCGCUGCGCAAACCCAUCCGCAUUCGCAAGGGCUACGUGCCACAGGAAGAGGUCCCCAAGUACAAGACCAUCGCGCAGCGGCGACGUGAGCAAGAGGCCAAAAAAGCAGACGAUACUGCUACUGCGGUGGACGAGCUGUCGAUGGAUACGCUGUCAUUGGCAGAGACGAGCAAAGCGGUUGGGGGGAAGCAGAGAUGUCGCAGCAGUGCAGAAAGACGUGACGACGGAGCGAGAGGCAAAGAUCGUCAGCCGCAGCUGCCCAAGGACAAAGGAGACGUGACAAUGCCCGUCGAGACGUCGAGUGAAUGUGCUGGCGACGCUCAACAGCGUCUGAAGCAGAAGUUGACGGGAAUCAACAGGCAGCUCAAGGAGAUGGAGCAGCAAAUGGACGGGAAAGGGCGAACGUUGUCGCGACAGGAGAAGCAGACGGUGGAGAGCAAGGCAGCGCUGCAGCAGCAGAGGAAGGAGAUCAUUGCAGAGCUCAACGGCGCUACUGUCACGACGUCGACGAGUGGACCCCGUCCGAAAGUCUCGAUUAGCUUGUAA